CACGUCGAAUACUCGUUCUGCCAGGUUGGGUCAGGCCAGCUUUCGAGAGGAAGAAAAAAUUAAGGCAACCUCCUACAGAAGCCGGAUUCCGAAGCAAGGCAAAUGCCACUUCAACCGGGACUAUGCGAUUGCGAACAUUAGCGAGUGGGCCAUCAUGCCCAAAAACGAGGAAGCGUUGGCGUUUGCCCUCUGGAAGGUCGGACCGAUUGCCGUGAGCCUGAAUGCUGCCCCGAAGUCGUUCCAGUUGUACAAAUCCGGCAUCUACGACGACGAAGCGUCCUGCGACAACUCGAAGGUGAACCACGCGAUGCUGCUGCUCGGCUACACGCCCAAGUACUGGAUCCUGAAAAAUUGGUGGGGCGGUUGGGGCGAGGAUGGCUACAUGAGGCUGGCACGUGGGCGCAAUCUGUGCGGCAUUUCGAACUACGCGGCCUACGUUACGAUCAAAUGAGGACCUAAUAAAACU